GAACCUCCGGUACCUGGCGCAGUUAGAAUAACAUUACAAGCACCAGAGAUUUUAACAAAUCCACCAUAUUGUACAGGAGGGGAAUUGCCUUGUGCUUACUGGGGAUCAAAUGAAAUACAUUAUCCAAACGACGCAGCAGGCGUAGCAUUUUUUACCACAAGGGCAACUGUAACAAAAUAUCCUGUACCUGAAAAUUGUAAUAGUUUCCUUUCGCCAAAAUUACCUGAUGAUCCUUGUAUUUUUAAUGCUAAGACCGCUCGAAGUCAAACUAUAAUGGAAAAAUCCUACAUUGCAGAUAUUGAAAAUUAUUCUGUUAUGAUUGAACAUUCUGUUAGAGGAAAAACUACUUCUAUUUCACUUCGUAAUGGAAUGAUGGAUGGUGAGUUAAUUUCUGCUAAUGGUAUAUCGAUAAAAAGUUGGACUAACAAAACAAGAACUGAAUUUACUCCAAAUGCCAAUGGUGACAUUUUAUCUGUGAAGGAAAUUCUUGACGCAGCAGGUGUUGAUUUAGAAGGUCCAUCAUUUGCUCCUGCUGCUGUAGGAGAAUCAAAUAGAUCAUCCGGUGUUGUUAUCGUAAUCGUGAUAGAAUAUAAAAAUGUUCCAUCCAAGGAUAAUGAGAUUAAAUAUAAAUAUUUUCCACAAGUUAUUAAUGGAGCUGAAUAUAAAGUGACCGAAAGCAUCUUUAAUAAUGAUAAUUCUUAUACGAUCAAAGAUCGUCAUGGGAUCCGGUUGGUAUUUCAACAAUAUGGACAAAUUGGUGAAUUUGAUUUUAUUUCGUUAUUGACGAAUUUGGUAGCAGCUCUUGCUUUAUUCAAAGUUGCAACUUUCCUUGUUGAAUUAUUAAUGUUGAAGUGUUUGCCUCAAAAGGACCAAUAUGAACACUUUAAAUACGAAGAAACUCAAGAUUUUAGUGAGAUACGUAAAGGUAGUGACAAAGGUUCCAUAAUUUGA